AGCCUCAGAGAAAAGCUGUACACAUACACAGCAGCCCAGAGAGGCACACAGAGCCUUCUCCUUAAAUGGUCAAAGCUCCCAGGAGUGAAAGAGAGGCUGGUCCUGGGAAAAAAAAGACAGGGAAAAGAAAGGAAUAGAGACAGCUAGGGAUAGUUAGGUUUUCUGUGAAAAAAUCUGGGAAUUACAGUUUGACUGAGGGAAGGUUCUGUUGGGUGUUUUAUGUGGAGUUUAUGUGGAGCUAAGCAGUGGAGGUUGUAUCUCUCACAGGAGGUUACAGGUUCCAUCCCAGUGUCAGAGACACAAACACCCCCAGUGUCCCUAUCACAAGUCUUCCUCCAGUACGAGUGUGCCCCUUCACUUACGUUCCCAACGGAUACACCCCCCCAGUCUGCCUGUUGCAGUCACGCUGCCGCUCACACUGAGGAGAAUGUAGCAGGUCUCAGAUCGGAGGAUCCUAGUUGCCGUGACUACUGUCAGUCAGAGGCCCGCGACUGUGGGAGUGGCCAAGCAUUGCCGCCUGGAGACUGUGGGAGGAGUCAGCCAUCAAACCCAGAAGACAGUGCUGGUAGUAAAGCCUCUGAACCAAAAGAUAGUGGGAGGAGCAAUGCAUUACAACCAACAGAUAUUGGGUGUGAUCUAGAGCAUUGUGGGAGUUUCCAUUCUCAAGCUCUACCGACUGUUUUAAUAACAGGCUCAGAUAAGGAAGGAGGGGGCCACGAGUUGUACUGCUUUCCCUGGGUUCAGACUGAACAGCAGUUAGAGGAAUCCCCUACCCAACCCACUCCAGCUGAGAGUCCCUUUUUCUUCCCCCUGACACGACCCCGAGCCCCACAGCCCCCCAUUAUGCCCGUCCUCCCGGAAGAAGAGGAGGAUUCCCCUGAGGAGCUCGACAGUUCCUCCAGCUCACCCAGCACAUAUACACCAGUUGAAAGUAGAGCAGUUACCGUGGCGAUGCCUGCUCCCACCAUUGUCUUCCCAAAGCAAGCGACCGUGACCGUGGUCCAAGCAGACGGUCGACCUCUGGAACAGACCAGACCACACAGUCCCAGAUCUCGCUUGUCCCGAAACUCCCUGGGAGGACCAAUCACUAUUGUCGACAGUACAGGCAAUGUGAUAGACCUGGUGAAAGACCAUCUGCCUGAGCUGCAGCUCUCAGAGGAGGACCGUCAGAAGAACCUGGUGCUGCUGCAGGAGGCCAAGAAAGUCAGCGACCGCUUCCUGAGCCGCAGGGGUCGAAAGUCCACCUGCAGCCUCUCUGAAUCCCCCACAGGUCUUUCUCCUAACCACACACCAUCCUCCUCACCUGCACCGUCCAGAAGCAGCUCUCUUAUCACAGCCCCUCAAAUAGCUGUAGCCACAGAGGUGAACUAUGCCCCCUCAUCGCCUGUCAGCCUGCGAUUGGAGGUUCUAUCUACGAGGGAGCAGGCUGACACCAGUACACCAGAGCAUGAGAGCACCAGGAGGUUGGUGGACUGGAAGCCCAAUGAGAAGCGUAAGGUGUCCUCAGGCACCCUGGCUCCCCGCUACUCUGGCCCCCCACCCCCCAGGGAGCCCAAUGGGGGCCAGAAGGAGAACUGUGACCCCCGGGUAACAGCUAAGAAUUGCCCAGAACCAGUACUAGUCAAUAAGCCAGAGGAGGGUCUGGUUCGAGCCCCCAACCAGGCCCCUGCCACUGGGGUGGCCAAGCCUGUCCCUCGGCCCCCCACUCAACAGGCCCCCUGCACGGCAGAGAUCAAGACAAUCGGGGCCUUUCCUCCCCUCAUGAGAGCUGUGUCCUGGGACACUGUUGGAACCCUCAACGCCAGGAAUGGGGCACCAAGUCUCCCCCCUACAAACGAGGAAACCUUCUCCUUUCAAGACAAGACCCGGGAUGCCCUGCUCAAGUCCUCUGGGUACAAGGACUUCCCUGUACAGCCUGUCAACGUGCAGAAGCUGUCCAAAAUAAGAGAGGAGCACAAGCUGAUGCGGAACCAAAGCAUUGUGGGGUCAAAGUUGGCAGACUUGAGUGAAACAGCUGAACAGGAAAGAGGUCCCUCUCUUCUGCCCCCUGCAGGGUCUCCUACUGAUGAGGAGGCUAAAGAGAAGUCAGACGCCAUGCCCAACAUCUCAGACAUCAUGCUGAGGAAACUCAAACUGCACAGAGGGCUACCAGGCUGUGCACCUCCACUCACGGAAAAAGAAGUUGAGAACGCGUUUGUUCAACUGUCGCUGGCGUUCCGGAACGACAACUACACUCUGGAGACACGGCUCAAACAGGCGGAGCGGGAGCGGACCCUGACCGAGGAGAACACGGAGAAGGAACUGGAAGAAUUCAAAGGCUCUCUGAAGUGCACAGCACCACAGUGGAGUAACAUGGAGCAGCGGGAGUCUUACCAGUGCCUCAUAGAGACAGUAGCAGUACUGCACCGUCUGGCCACCAGGCUCUCCAGCAGAGCUGAGAUGGUUGGAGCAGUCAGACAGGAGAAACGUAUGAACAAGGCCACAGAGGUGAUGAUGCAGUAUGUGGAGAAUCUGAAGAGGACCUAUGAGAAGGACCACGCUGAGCUGAUGGAGUUCAAGAAGCUGGCCAACCAGAACUCCAGUCGCUGCUAUGGAGGAUCCAUAGACACUGGAGAUGAUGGAGUCCCACGGCCAUCCAGAUCAAUGUCGCUGACCCUGGGAAAGGCUUUGCCCAGACGGAGGGUCAGUGUUGCAGUAGUCCCCAAAUUUAACCUCCUGAACAUCCCUGGUCAGACCCCGGUCAUGGCAGGACCCGGCCCCAGCGUUGCCAUGGGACCCAGCCCCCAACCCACCAUGGGCCAAGCACUUCCUGUCCUGUGUGAAGCCAACAGUGUGAAAAGCAACUUUCCCACUGAGCCAACACAGCCAGCUAUAGAUGAGAGUGGAAAGAGUGUAGCAGAGCAGGAAGCUGAGCCAUCUGCCCCAGCCAAGCCCUCCGUCAACCUAGAGGAGAUCAGAUCAGAGAUCAGAUCAGAGAUCAAGGCAAAGAUCGAGGAGGAGGCCUACAAUAAAGGCUACCAAGAGGGACUGAAGAGAAGCAAAGAAAUCAAAGAGGUGGAGGAAGAGGAGGAGAAAGUAGAGGAAAAGACAGAAAAGAAGGAUGAAGGAAAAGGAAAAGAAAUCAUCAGAAAAGAAAAGUUCAGCAGUAAGGUUGAAGAUGUCCUAGUUGUCCUUGACCGGCUUUGCCCCAAGAUUUUCCGCGGUAACCGACUUCUCUGGAUUGUUUUGACGUUGUUCCUGGUCACGUUUCUGGUCGUCAAUGUUUUCACAUACUUUAGUGAUCGCUAUAACAACCAUGGGGACAUGUCGGCAGAAAAAGCCAUGGUCCAGGGCAAGAAGAAGAUCUUUGAACUGAAUGUAGGAGUACAGCCAAAGAAUCCCACUCCAGAAUAACAAAGAGCCUGUCUCAUACUUCUCUCAGUCCACAGACAAUUCUUUCCAUGAUACAUUACCAUACAAGAGCUGAACUUGAAUAUAGGGUUUUGAAGGGUUUGGCGAUGUAUCUUUGGGAGCGUUUAUUGAGUUUUUUUUAUUGGUUUCAGAGGACAAGCCUUCUAAUGAUCAUAAACUUUAUCAAGGCAUAUUUAUGUCGUGUUAGGAAAGCUGCCCAAGUGUUUGUGAUGGUGAUAUAUGAUUGUUGCUUAGGGGGCCAAGUAUAAUAGUGUGAUGAAAUAUUUUCUUCUGUACAGUGAGAUCCAGGACCUUUGGAUUUUAAAUGAUACAAUGACUAUGAGGUUAAAAUGCAGACUGUCAGCUUUAAUAUGAGGGCAUUUUCAUCCAUACCAGGUGAACUGUUUAGAAAUGACAACACUUUUUGUACACAGUCCCCCCAUUUCAGGGAGCCAGAAGGUUUUGGACAAAUUCACUUAUAUGCGUAUUAUAGAAGUCCAAAGUGCAGUAUUUGACGUAUGACUCUACUAAUCUGUUGGAUGCAUUCACAGUUUGUUUCGGUUGUGUUUCAGAUUAUUUUGUGCCCAAUAGAAAUUCAUGGUAAAAAAUGUAUUGUGUCAUUUUGAUGUUAUAAAUAAGAAUAUAAUAUUAUAAUAUUAAUACAAUAACUCUUCUACUUUAAUGUGGAUGUUACCAUGAUUGCGGAUAAUCCUGAAUGACACAAUGAACAGAAUGAUCAGGGAGGAUUAGCAUUUUUGGGGGGUAUGAUAUUUACACCUUAGUAACUUUCACACUCAUCAUUAUUCACGAUUCAUUCAUCAUUUUCCGUAAUCAUGGUAGCAUCCACAUUCAUUUAAAAGUGUUUAGAAACAUGUUCUAUUAUUAUUUACAAUAAAAUUGACUCCAAAAUACACAAUACAUUAUUUACCAUUCAUUUAUUUUAGGCACAAAAUAAUCUGACACACAAACUGAAAAUGCAUUCAACAAGUUUGUAUUUACGAGCUUGAUGUAGUCAUUGUUUGAUAUGAAUAUGGGACCAAAUACGAAACUUUUGACUACUUGUUACACAUAGAAGUGAAUUUGUCAAAAUAGUUUUGGUUCCCUAAAAUGGGGGGACUAUGUACAAAACAGUGCUGUAAUUUUUGAUGGAUGAAAUAUGGAUGAAAAUACCCUCAAACCAAAGCUGACAGUUUGCACUUCAUAAUCAUUGUAUCAUUUCAAAUCCCAAGUGCUGAUGUACAGAGCCCUCCCAAAUAUAUAUAUAUAUAUGUCAUGGUCCAAAUACUUUUGGACCUCACUGUAUGUAUUCACAAUGUAUUGUUCUUAUUCCUGGUCCUACUCUGAAUGUCAUCCUGGAGGACUGAAUGUGGCCCCAUGGGCGAAAAUGGAUGAUUCCUGAUGAGUUCCCUAAGACAAAUGUCACAGUAGACAUUAAACUAAUGUACAUUCAUCUACCACUCUGUUAUUUUAUGUUCAUUCUCUCAGGUCCAGUAAGAGGACAUCCCCUGAAGAGAUUUACAGAGAUAUUUAAAGACAUAGAUAUGUUUUUUUUGUUUUUUGUUUUUAUCAUUAGUAAAAUAUCUAUAUUCUUGGUAUUUAAGCAGAUACUUUUUGGAAAAUCUAUAAUAUAAACACAUUCCAAAGUAGUUCCUCAAGUGCAAUAUUUAGCAGCUGAUGGUUCUUGUUUGUUUGUGUUGUUACUGUGUUGGUUUGCGUCCUCCGAGCUUUGAAAGAUUUCCUUAAUGUACGAGAGCACUUUUAGACAGCAUGAGAAAUCUUCUUCCCGCAUGCGUGCCAGGGUUUUCUGUUGUGUCAUUUUCGCCUUGAAAUAAAGGUGCCUUAAAACUCGCA